AUGAGUGAAGAUGCGGCUGAUGGUGUCGUCGACUUGAGUGCUGAGAACACGAAUAAAAAAACGACCUACUUUGUCGUUGAUGGCGCGAAGGCGAUGUUUGAAGAUGACGUCGAAGGGGGCGCCUUCGGUCCCGGCUGCUCGUUCGUGAAGGCCAUCAAGGCCAUCUACACGCAAUGCGCCCGGAUGUGUGCCACGGAAGAAGCCCUUCGCCAUUACGUCGGCGUGCUCAUCAUCAACACGACAUUCACCGAAACGGAUCCUGAGAUGACGAUGGGUGCGGAGAACAUGAAACAUCUUUUCCCGAUUGGCUGCCUCAACAAGGAGCGUGUGUUGAUGCUUGAGGAAUUCCUCCAAACAGACGAUCUCCAGUCGCUGUUCAUCGAAACUUUCGGCGGCCACACGCGCGCAAAUUGGCAAAAAGUGGCCAGUUAUAGCAAGCUGAACAUUUCAUACAGCAGCACCUCGCGUCGCUUCACGUCGUGGGUGCUGUUUACGAAUGAUGUGGCACCAUUUGGGAAGAGAUGGCAGACAGAUGAUGAAUACGCAAGAAUGCUGCGGAAUUUGAGGGAUAUCGAGGGAAGAAGCGCCACGCAGAAAGAUGAUGAUGCGCCGAGGAGGCCUCUGAGAGGAAGAUGCACGGUGUUUGUGCUCGGCGACGAGAAGCUGAUCGACGACGCGGCGCUGGCCAUGUGGCGGACGGUAGAUGAGGAGGCUGGCGUAUACGACAACGAUCUUGAAGAAAGCCUGAUCCGUCGCACGGGUGCCGUCCGUACGCAUGCCGUCAUCCCGUUCUCCCUGGGCAACGGUCUCGAGUUCAACGUUGCCGCAUAUUCGCUGGUGGCGACAAAGACGAAGCCGACGCCAUUCUCCAUCCAUGCAAAGACUGGGGCAGCACUCAAAUCCAUCACCACAUACUCGUCUACCACUCAGAAGACACCACCUGACGCUGAUGAUGAGCAACGACGGAUGGAAAGGGACGAGACGAAGGAGGACAUUCCGAAACAAUCCUUCCAACGACACCAAUUGGCUCAAAUGAGAAAUGUUGGAGGAGAACGAAUACUGAUCACCCAAGGGGAUCGAGACGUUCAUCAUCGAUACAAGAAAGGCCUCCGUCUACUGGAAUUCCGUGCUGUGAGUGAAAUUGAUCUGUGGGAACACGUGAGCCCUUCCCUCACCAUCCGUCCACACGACAAUUCUCAUCUUGGCGCCACAUCGCUCUACUCUCAUUUGUUGGAUCGGAUGGACCAUCGCCAGGUGGUGGCCAUCUGUGAAUAUGUGGGUCGUGCCAAUCAGAAGCCCCGUAUCGUGGCCCUUAUCCCGAAUACACAGGAGGAUCAGGAGGCUGCCGUCCAUCCAGGUUUUCUCCUCGUCGAACUCCACGAUCCCGACGACAAAAUGGACAUCGCAGCGGCAUUUGAGGAAAAGAUGAAGCCCCCUGAAGGAAUGGCAAAGUGGCCCACUGGCUCUGCAAAGGCGGUCGACGCGGCGAAGACGCUGUGCACGGCGCUGCUCAAGAAACGCUUCACACCCACGGCAUAUCCAAAUCCACAUCUGCAAGCCUUCUACACGAUGUUGAAACGAGAGGCGAACCUGGAUACUCCAGACAAUGAGACUGAAGAAUGGACGGAGGCCAUGCGUACCAAAUGGGAUCACAUCAAGCCGUGGUUCGACAACGACGCGAUGCCGGCAUCGAGGGCGGGAAAAGCGGCAGAAGCGGCCGAUGAAAUGGGCAAAUUGACGGGCACUUACGAGCUCGACCCAAAAGCGACAACCGCGAAGCGGGCAACUGCUAAGAAAGAUGAAGCUGCGGCUCCAAAAAAACGAGGACGAGGUGUGAAAAUGGAGAAUGAUGUGGAUGAUGAGGACGAAUUCAAGGAGAAACAGGAACAAUUGCCGAGUCGAUCUGUUUUGAUGAAGAUGACUGUCGCCGAUUUGAAGGAAAAAGCCGCGCAGAUGAACGUCGAUAUAAAAAAAGCGAAAAAGAAGGACGAAAUCAUUGACGCGAUCCUCGACCACCCUACUUCCAAA